AUGUUAGCAGCGCUUGAGACAUGCCAAGAGUGGCGAUAUUCCGCUGCUUCGGAGCUACGGGCCCGCGGAGCCGCGGUCCCGGAAGGUCAGAACUUGCAACUCUCUUCGUCCAGCACGAAGCCAUUGUCAACAUACCAUUCUCUGCAGAAUUUAAUAUGUCAUCGCCGAGCGCUCAGGAAACCAUACAGGAGAGGCGACACCGGCUCUCGUUGGUCCCUCGGGCGUGCGAAGGAUGUAAAGUACGCAAAGACAAGGAAUCAACUCCAGGCAGAUAGAAUAGCGCAUCUUGAGGCUCUAGUAGAUAGCCUCGAUAAACGUUUCCGUGAUGUCGAGUCUAAGCUCGUUGCAUUGCAGAGUCCAAACCCUAACCUAGUGGCGCAAAGUGCAACCAACCAGACUAUCAUAUCCGCUGGAACUGGCCAUAUAGAAGGCUGCCAUAUAUAUGAGGGAGACACUUCGUUCACAAGUCAGUCGCUUCAAGCAAGUAGAAGUGCUCAAGACACAGCUCUCUCUGGCAACAUCCCAGAUAUCGAACACUCGCUUGAUCAUAUACAAAAGACCCUGCACGAUUCGCAAGAGUUCAUUCUCCGGAGAAUGAGAGCUCGUCAUCCUAUCUUUCUAUCCUCAUAUGCAAUAAGUGACCUCGAAAUUGUCGAAGAUCUCUGUAAAAGCGUCCUUUCCGAAACAAGCCGUGCAUCUGUCGGCCAGGUGGCCAGCAUGCAUGGUGUCCUAUUCUUUGUCCUGAAGGAGUUUAUAGCAAUGAAUGAUGGGCUCUGUCAGAAAUUUGACCUUACCACACACCUUGAUCAUUGUGAGAAGGUUUUUGCCGCGGCAAUGGAAACAUAUGACGUGCUUGCUCUCCCUAGCUUCGAAAACAUUCUUGCUUUGACAAUGGGUAUGGUCAAAGCUCAGGGCGAAGCAAAGCCCUCAUUAUACUGGAGGCUAGUUUCUGCCGCCGCAGCUCAUUGCCAAUCACUUGGAUAUCACCGUGAGACGACCUAUAGGAACAUUCUCUCUGGAAAGGCAGACAACAUAAGACGUCUCUUCUGGACUGUGUAUAUUUUCGACAAAAACAUGUCUCUCUUGUUAGGUCGAGUAUCGAACAUGCAGGGUGUCAUGAUCGACGUACGGUAUCCUGCGAUAUCAUCAGACCUGGGUCGCCGAGCAUGGGAUGAAUCUUUCAUUAUGGGAAUCAGGUUGGCGGAAUUUCAGGACCGGAUAUUCACUAGUCUCUAUAAUGCUGCAACGUCAAUCGAGGAUGCAUCUGAGCGAGCACGGCUUAUUAGUGACCUUGAAUCUGCCAUGGAACAAUGGCAUUUGGAACUGAAGCAGAUCAAUCCAGAAGGAGUCAACAACAUCCUAGUAUUCAAGUUGUCCAGAACAAAUUGGGAUAUUUCCUUCUACUCCACACUGACGCUGCUUCUUCAUGCAUCUUCAAAAACAGGCGAGGAGUCACAGAUCAGCUCUCGUUGCUUCAAUGCAGCCCGUAAUAGUUUACUGGCUCAUCUCAAUUCCUUCCCUCAAUACCAAAGCUCAAAGCUUCUUUCAGACGGUGAAUACUUCAAUUGGAUCCUAUUAUUCUCAUCCUUAACACCAUUCCUCGUGAUAUUCCUCCACGCCAUUUCUGAAAAAGACACUGAGAGCGUCGGGCUCCUUUCUCAAGUAGUUGGCACCUUUGAGACGUUUCGAAAGGUCUCCCAUGGCGCGGAGCGUCUGUAUCAAGUAUGCACUACUUUUACCAACAUUGCUGAGAAAAUCAUUCAAUCACAGCAAUCGUCGGUAGGGAUAUACGACCAGCAAGGAAGCUCUCUUAGACUGCCCGAUACACCGGGUAGCAUGACUCGAUUUCACCCUGAAGAUUUGCAAGAUAUGCUUGAUAUAGAAAAUGGCGACAGAGCCACCUCCUUGUAUGCUAGUGACCUUCUGAACGAGUUUCUUAGCGGUGAGCCGUUUUCGUGGAAUAGGUUCGAUUAUGAUAUUGGGAAUGGUCAGUGA